AUGCUGCCUGGGCCACCUCUGAUAGCUUCCCAAGAGCCAGUGCAGUGGCCAUCCAAAUGGCUGCCCAAGAGGUUCCCCUGGGAUGUGGACAGAAACCCUGGCGGAGUCUUCUGUCUGUGGGCCCACCCUUCCUUGAGCUCCUGCAAAUACAGAUGAGCCCAGCUCCUCUCUGAAGAUUCCCCUGAUGCGUGCAACUCCCAGCGUGCUCUAGAGCCCAGUGGGGUAGAUGGAGCAGUUAUGGGCAGCAGCUUGGAAACAGACCUCCAGUCCUCAGGCAGCUCACAUCCUGGUGUGCCCCCCACCCCCGAAGGACGCCGUGGCGGAAGGAGCUGCAGGAGGGAGACUGGGGAAAGCAGCCGUUGAGAAGACCUUCCGCUCUUGCUGGGAAACGGGCCUCACGGAUACAAGAUGGCUUCGGUGGUCUCAGGCAUCUCCUCACGAUGUCCCAAAGCCGGAAGAGAGGCUACUGUUAUUAAAAACUAGAAAACGUUCCCAAACCUGGCAGAACUGCGCCGCAGACCCUUUCCUGAAACCAUUCCUGGCAAAGGGAAUAGCUUUCUGUGGCCGACUAAUCAAGAUGCACUCCUUCGGGCAGGGCAGGGGCUUGCCCAGUAGCUCUGCUGUUUGUAAGACGGAGGAAGGACAGCUGCAGGACUAAGAGUGCCUGCCACACGGGUGAACUUCCCGGGAUAUCACUGGUGCAACUGCUCCCAUUUAAGCAGCCAGCUGCUUGGG